CGAGGCAGCGACGGAUGGGAGCCGUUAGCCUUCUUCUCGAAGAAGCUAAGCCCAGCCGAAGAGAAGUACAGCGCGUUCGACAGAGAACUGCUGGCUAUCUACCUGGCGGUCAAGCACUUCAGAUACAUGCUGGAGGCGCGCGCGUUUGUGAUUUACACGGAUCACAAACCACUGAUCUACGCCUUUCGACAAAGACCGGAGAAGAGCACGCCGCGCCAGUUCCGCCACUUGGACUUUAUCGGACAGUUUUCCACCGACAUUCGGCACGUGACAGACGAGGAGAACAUCGUGGCGGAUGCAUUGUCUUGAGUCGAGGAGCUGAAUUCUCCCUCGGACUACGCUGCACUGGCGGAGUCGCAGAGAACAGACAAGGAGCUGGACGACUACACCAGGCGAGAGACCGAAUUGAGGCUCGAGAAGGUGCAGAUUCCCGGAACGGGAAUCAAAGUAUACUGUGACACGACGACACCGAUACCGCGGUCGUUCUUGACAAGACCCUUUCGGCGGGCCGCAUUUAACCUGGUGCACAACCUGGCACACCCAGGAAUCAAAGCGACGGGCAGACUCGUGGCGCAGCGCUACGUCUGGCCGUCGAUGAACGUUGACUGCCGCAGCUGGGCACGUGCAUGCGUGCCCUGUCAACGAUCGAAGAUCUCUCGGCACGUCUCGGCGUCCUUGGGAAAAUUUGCUGUUCCAUCCAGCAGGUUGAGCACGUCCACCUGGACAUAAUUGUGAUGCCGGUCUCGGAGGGCAUGCGAUAUUGCCUCACGUGCGUGGACCGCUUCACACGGUGGCCGGAGGCGUUCGCACUUCGAGAUCAGGAGGCGGAGACGGUCGCAAGGGCAUUCUACGAAGGAUGGAUCUGCCGAUUCGGGGCGCCCGUGCGGAUAACAACGGACCAGGGGCGCCAGUUCGAGUCCCAUCUUUUUCGGCGGCUGAGCGAGCUGACAGGAGUGCAGCAGCUGAGGACGUCGGCGUACCACCCGCAGGCAAACGGAAUGGUCGAGCGGUUCCAUCGCCAGCUCAAAGCGGCCAUCAAAUGUCAGCAGAAAGAUCGCUGGACAGAGGUACUGCCAACGGUGCUGCUCGGGAUCCGAGCAGCGUGGAGAGACGACCUGCAGGCGACCGCAGCGGAGCUGGUGUACGGCCAGACGCUGAGGAUCCCGGGGCAAUUUCUGGGCCGACAGCCUACGGACAACGAGGACGACGCUGCCGACUUUGCAAGGACGCUGCGUGAGCAAUUUGAGAAGCUGCGACCGGUGGACGGUACCCGACACGGGGAGCGACGGCCAUUUAUCUAAAAGGACCUGGCGACGGCCGAACAGGUGUUCGUGCGACGCGAGGGGCCCAAAAAGAUGCUGCAGGCGCCGUACGAGGGGCCGUACGCAGUGGUCAGCCGAGGCGACAAAGUCUUUGUCGUGCGUAUGCACGGCAAGGAGAAAACUGUCUCAAUAGACAGGCUAAAACCCGCUUAUAUUUUACAGUCCGAAACAGAAGAUAGCAGCUCGGCAGAGUCGGCGACACGGAGCCGAGAGGGUGCGGUCGACGGACGGACGGCGCGAGACCAGGACACCGAGGUCGAGCGGCGAGGCGCACGAGAGGACGCGAGGCCGCUGCCCCGAGAGAGCAAGAGAACGACGCGAGCGGGGAGAAGGGUCCGAUUCCCGAGUCGAUUCCAGGCGGGCCUGUGACGCCGAGGAACCAGGAUGCGCAGUAUGCGAAGCCGUGAGAAAUCGCCGCAAAAAAUAAAAAUUUAAAAAAAUAAGACAUAUUUCUCGCGAUUUCAAUUUUCUUUGAUUUUUGUUCUCGUUGAAAAAUUUUUUAGCAUGAUCGACACAAGCCGCGGAACGCAACGAAAAAAACGAAUUCGACACACAGCAGAAACCUUGUAUAUCUAUUCCGCGUUUUAUUUUUGCAAAAUUAAAUUGACGAGUCUCAGACCGAGAGCGACGUGCGUUAGGAUAGCAUUUUAUUAUUAUAUCAUUGUUAUUUAUUAUUAUUGUAUUAUUGUUGCGUCAUAUUUAUUCUUGUUUUUGCGCUUCGAAUGCAUCAUAACGACGAGCAAAAUUUAACAUUCGUCUCGGUCUGCCAUCGAAGAAAUUAUCGCGGAAACAGCGCAAUAUUCGGGCGAUAUCGUGCUAUCGGUAUAGCACUGGCAGGAGAGUAGUGUGGCGAUUACAUCAUCACAUACUUCCCUGAAAUUAACAAGGAAAACACGCAUACGAAUACGGACACUC